AGUCCAACUAAAUCUACCAUUCUUUUCAAUUUGUCUUUGCUUCGGUUACCCCUUUAUUUGUUUCUCUUUGGCAUUAGCACUAAUCAUCCUCUCUUAUUCUUCCCUAGCUCUUUUUCUGGAACAUAUCAUUGCCUUUUUCUAGGUUCGCUUUUCAAUAAUCUGUGGAAAUUUUGUCCACCUUUUUUCAUUGAUUAGCUCUAAGCCAUGGCAAGGACUGGAAACAAGCGUUUACAAGCCAAACUGGUGGGUAUGUCUUCACUUAAAUAAGGGUACUUCUUGGGGACAUGGGAGCAGGGAAGACAAGUUUGGUUCUUAGAUUUGUGAAAGGCCAAUUUUCUGAGUACCAGGAAUCAACAAUUGGGGCAGCGUUCUUCACUCAGGUUUUGUCUUUGAACGAAGCCACUGUCAAAUUUGAUAUAUGGGAUACAGCAGGGCAGGAACGUUACCAUAGUUUGGCCCCUAUGUACUAUCGUGGUGCUGCUGCUGCCAUUGUUAUCUAUGACAUUACAAGCAUGGAAUCUUUUGCGCGAGCAAAGAAGUGGGUUCAACAAGUGCAACGACAUGCAAAUCCGAGUUUGAUAAUGUUUUUGGUGGCUAACAAGGCUGAUUUGGGAGCGGAGAGAAAGGUUGCAAAUGAGGAGGGUGAAGAAUAUGCGAAAGAAAAUGGAUUGUCUUUUCUUGAAACCUCAGCAAAAACUGCACAGAAUGUGAACGAGCUCUUCUAUGAAAUAGCAAAGAGAUUGGCAAAAGCAAACCCUUCACGCCAAACCGGAAUCAAGCUGCAUAGCAUACCUCAAGAAACCAGAAGAAGAAGCUUGUUUUGCUGUGUUUAGUUAAUGCUAUUAUCAAUAUAAGUUGAAUCUGCAUUUCAUUUGUAUUCCAGAAGCUUCUAACUUGGUAUUUUCCUACUUUUAAGAUGGAUGAAUAAAGAAACAAACCUACAAA